AUGGGCAAAAGCUCGGCACGUCCCAUAUUUGUACAUGAUGGAUGUGCAGUGUGUUUGUACGUGGAUGUUCGACUCGUGUCGUGCGGCGAAGGAGGAUACUGUAGGCCGGCGGCGCGCCUUUUGUGUCAAGUAUAUCAACUGUUGAACAGCUGCGGUUUUUGUCGAGCCAAUUGACUGGUGGAGAGCGAUCCGACAGAUUGGAGUCGCGCGAAAACUGUUCUUUCGGUUUGUGUUUUCGUUCAGUUCAACUCGAAGACUCGGUUGAUGACGGCGAAGUCGUUGAUUGGUAUUUGCGACGCGACGACUCGCAAUAAUUGCCGCUAAGUCGCCAAUUUGAUUCGCCUAAACCGUCGGCGGCCGCAGUGCUGCCUGUAACAUGCAAUUUGACAUAUUUGACAGUGUUUUGAGUAUACUGUCCAUGGAGAAAGGUGCUGCAGGGAUUAGAGGUGAUCGCGCAGUAAAACGCAGAUCGCCGCUGUUGUUUAUGACGCGUCUCAAUUUUCUUGGGAACAGAUAAAAGAAGAAUACGAUCGUUUGAAAAAAGAAAUGGUCAAACCUGGAACCGAAGUCUCAGAGAUCGGACUAAGCUCUACAUUCCGUUUUAUUUCUGAAUUCAAAAUCUGCUAGCUUAGUUUCAGAUAGAAGAAAUUGAUCAAGGUGAUACAAAUUUUUUUGAGCGUUUUUUUCCGAUUUCCAACCCUUCUUACAUUGUCCAAGUUUGUAUCAUUCAAUUCGCAUUUUAAGAUAAAACUGUGACAAAUUUCACCUUAAUUUUCAUAAAUAGUAACAGAAGGUUCAGUCGGUCUUCAAAUGCCUAUAAAAAAAAUAAAAAAAUAUUAUUUGUAUUAAAAGAUGAACAGCUCAACUUCGAAAAAAAAACUGCUCCGAGCAAGUCGUGUUGUAAUUUAAAUUGAAAAAAAUAAAAGUUUUUCAGACCUACAGCCUCUCCCCAGCCGUGCUGGAGCAUCACCGCGAGCUUCUGAUGUGCGCCAGCGGCUGCUCGCCGUCGACGCUGGAGCCUCCGUCAGGCCUCCAGAACAUGUUCCACCACUCGCAGCACUCCCAAGACUCUCUGGUCCUGCUGUUGACCAACAAGCGCUACUCGCAGGCCCUACAAGCGAUUCGUCAGCUUCGGUGAGCUUCCGUCUGUUUUGCAGCUUCUCCUCAGUCAAUUUGCUCGAGAUUGAUGCGCUGUUUGCCCAAAUACUGCCUGCGGAAGGACAAGGCUGAUGAGGAGGAGCCGGUGUUUGUGUUGAGAUUAGUCUCCCUCUAGUGGCAUACUGUCCGCCUCAACCACACCGAUUUCUGUGUGUGUGUGUGUAACCGUGGCGGUUAUUAUGCAGAUGAUGCACCUAACCUUGUGUAGUGAAGACGGAUGCGCGGCGGCUGGUGGACCCAAGAUGACGGCCGCGGCGACACCGUGACGAGCGUAAUUUCCCUCGGCUGACGCCGAACCAUUUAUGGCCUGAGCAGUCGUCGUCAUCGCGUGCGACGCUUCUUUUUUUGCCGAAAUGACAACCAACGGUCUGAAACUGCCGACUAAUUGACUCGCAGUAGGGAUGUGAGCCAGCAACUUGGUACUUCAUUUAAAAAUCGAACGUAUCCACUAGUUUCCAUCACUUUGUUUUUGAUAUUCAGAGAAAAAAGUUUUCGCUGAGAAAUUUGAAAGAUUCGUCUUUGUUAAUUGAUUAACUAGUGUUGAAAAAUGGAUCAAUCUGCCGCCAAAAGAACUUCUCGAACAAUUGCACACAUCCCUGCAUUAAAAAAGACUUGGUGAUUUUUUUUUCUUUAAAAAAAGUAGCGCUUUUUGUUUGCGGGUCGCCUGGCUUGUUAGAUUUCGCGCCGAACUUUGAGUGAAAAUAGUUGCGCGUCCCGAGUGUCUAACACUUGUAUUUGAGCAUCUCACACACAACAAAUGCUUCUCCACUCGACAAAGUGCAAGAAGAAAUUGGAAAUGUUCAGAAGUGCAUAUGGCGGUGAAUACGGCUGCUGCGAGACGGUCGACAUCGACGUCCUCCUGCUUCUCUUCUGCCGGAGCCAUUCGUUGAAGGCCUGGGCCAUCGUGGGCUCUUCUGGAGAGGUUCAAGACGUGUGAACGUCAAAACAAUUUUCCGAGUUUUCAGGAGAUGUCACGACAGAGCGAGCUGCUCCGAGAAGUCAACGCCGACAUGGCGUCUUGCAUCCGACGUGCUCAGAUGGAGGACCGUCCAAUGGCUCGGACGACGCCUUCCACCAUGUCUUCUACCACCGAAUCAUUCGCUAAUAUUUCUAGCCUUCCUGACCACGCCUUCCCCUGA